UGAGACGAAGCAGCGGUAGGCAGUUACUGUCGAUGUAAAAAUCUCGGAUUUUACUAACUGUAUACAGAGAAGAUCAUGGCGAACAUCGCAGCCCUCCAUCCAUAUUCUAUACUUCCGCGGACUAUGAUGACGUCUCCGGAUUUACAACUGUGUCAUACGCCUUAUUCCAUUGACCCACGGGGAGUGGUGCCAUUUCCCUGGGAACAGUGGACAUCAACAUACAGCGCACUCUACUUUCAAGCACAACAGACCAGUCGUUUUCACGGAUACCUUGGUGCCAAUUACCCCACCCAGGUGCUUGACCUGUCUAUCCGACACCAGGACCGUUCGUUUUCCCCCGGGUCUGAGGAGGAAUCACCAAAGCGAACCAGUGCAGAAAAGAAGGAAGUCAAGCCCCGUUUUGACUUUGCUCAUCUAGCCGAGGCUGCGACAAGUAGUUCUGAAAAAGAGAGAAGUCUUGAUACCAAACCGACCAACAAGGAUCCGAUCAUCAGCCACGUUCUAGAUCCCUGUUUCCUUUCUAAUAACUUCAGGUGUAAACCGAACUAUCCAUCCUGGUAUGGGACACUCAGCAAGACCAUGACACAGACCCCAGAACGAGGACGUGGCAGACGACCUAAAAGGGCCAAGAAAGAGUACAUCUGUAAAUAUUGUUGUCGGAAUUUCACCAAAUCUUACAACCUUCUCAUACACGAACGUACGCAUACGGACGAAAGACCGUUUCCAUGUGACAUCUGCGGAAAAGCGUUCAGACGACAGGAUCAUCUCAGAGACCACAGGUACAUCCAUUCAAAGGACAAACCGUUUAAGUGUGAGCAAUGUGGAAAGGGCUUCUGUCAGGCUAGGACACUGGCUGUACACAAGACAACGCACCAGACAUGAUAUCGACAUUUCCAGAUCGGAAGUUUUAAAAUCCAGUCCUCUUUGAGGUUUGAUAUCCGUGAUAUUUAGUGCCAUUAAUCAUCUCUGUCACAAAACAAAGAACACACUAAAAAGACUUACAUUUGAACUACUUUGAUAACGGAAGUUGAGAACUUGCUCGAGCGUGUGAACUCUGACCCGGAAGUUGAAGAAAGAGAGUCGGUUAAUUAGAUGUGGAUAUAUCUAUUAUGUGUCUUUGUCCAAGCCAUCUUCUAGUUUUUUUUAAAUUAUCAUCAAUUAAUCAAUCCCCUGACCAAAUUGCUCCGGUGAUAUGAUAUGUCCGAAAUAAUGUGUGUAUCAACACAAGGAUAUAUGUGUUUAACGCACAGAUGUAUGAUUAUCAACACACAAAUAUAUGUAUCAACACACAGAUGUAUGUGUAUUAACAGACAGAUAUAUGUGAACCAACACACAGAUAUAUGUGUUUAACGCACAGAUGUAUGUUUAUCAACACACAGAUGUAUGUUUAUCAACACACAAAUAUAUGUAUCAACACACAGAUGUAUGUGUAUCAACACACAGAUGUAUGUGUAUCAACACACAGAUAUAUGUGUAUCAACACAGAGGUACAUGUUUUUCAACUUUAAAUGAAAAGAUUUUGGAAUUCUUUUCUUAUUUUUUCAUUAUUAUUUCAAGAACUUUUCUGCUGAAUCUCAAUGUCAUUGUUUACCAACACAUUAAUAAGUAUUGCUAUUUUUAAAACAGAUUUUCUGUAACAUCAUCCACUUAAGGAAAUGUGCUGUUGUCGUGUUCGUCAUACUUAACAGAACCUGAAAAAUUUGGCGUUAUCACAAAUUUACCACAUAGUUUAAGACUAUUCAUCAAAAGGCGUGUAGCAAUUGAUGUUAAGGUCGGCUUCUACUGAAGCGUUUGCUAGAUCAAGUCAUUCAGACACUUGAACCGGACGACCACGUUAGAAAAUGACAAUGCAUUCUGUAAUAGCCGGAAGUGUCAAUAGGAUUCGAAUACAGACAAAACACACGCAGAUCGGACGUUGAACAAGCAUAGUUAGCAUGACUUUUCGUAAAUAGAUAUUUUUGGAGAGAAAAAUUGCAGAGUUAUUUGGAAUAAAAGAUUUUUUGAUAGUUGCAUUCAGGUGCAUAGCUGGAAACCAAGUGUCAGUGAUGACAUCAACUUGCUGCAAGUAAAAUACUGGGAUUGUCAGGACAUUUCAUAAGAUGAUUAAAUUAAUUGUUUAUUGUAUUCAUAUUAAUUUUUACUCUUUUGUGUGUGUGUGUGUGUAAUUUUUAUCAUUUUAUGAUAUUUACGGCACGGAAGUCAAAGUAUGUAUGUAAAUAUCACCAGUACACGAACUUAUAUUGUAUAUAUAUUAUAACAACACGCCAAUAUUGAUUGGCAACCCUCGAAUCGAGGUUGUAGCUAGCAUUUUCAUUGGUUAAAAAAGUCGAAGACCUUUGACCUUGAACAUACACAGACAUUCCAUUGGUUGUUACAUUUAUUCUCUCUUUGUUAUGUCCUUUGUUAUUGAUUAUUGCGAAAGGAAAUUUGCAUAUGGUGUAUAUACAAAUUCGUUUGAAAGUCACUUUAAGUUGACUUAAUGGAUGAUUGUUAAGUAUGCUUGCGCGUGAGCUCAUCUCGGACACAAUUGUUGACUUGUAAAUUAGCGGGUGUGUUUUUGGGUGUGUGCUCAUGCAAUAUGUUAAUUAAGUGCUGAUGUAU